CGCUCUGCCCCCCGUGCCUAAGCGGCGCGACAGACGCGUCCCCCGCGGCGAGCGGGCGUCCCCAGGCUGUGCAGGCAACCCUCCGCGCGGUGCGCGCCGCCGAUGCUCCGCCACCACCCCGCGAGGGCGGUUUACGGCCGGCCGCGUUCGCUCUAUCCUCCUCCUUCCCACUGACCCACCACCACCCCACCAAGGGUCUCGAUCCACGGCCGUCCGGCAGGCAGCAAGAGAACGCGGAGUCCGUCCGACGACGACGAGGAGCAACAUUGCGGUUGCGGUGCGGGCACGCGCCUGCGGGUGCGCACGGAGCCGCGACGCAUGGAUCCAAGCAAGAAGACAUCGGAAUCUGAAUUCUUCACAGAAUAUAGUGAAGCAAAUCGGUAUCAGGUCAGUGAAGUCAUUGGCAAGGGGAGCUAUGGUGUUGUGGCUGCCGCUGUCGAUACCCAGACCGGCGAACGAGUGGCAAUCAAGAAGAUCAAUGAUGUUUUCGAUCAUGUCUCUGAUGCCACUCGCAUCCUUAGGGAGAUCAAGUUGCUCCGGUUGAUGCGUCACCCUGACAUAGUUGAGAUCAAGCACAUAAUGCUUCCCCCUUCUAGGAGGGAAUUCAGGGAUAUAUAUGUAAUCUUUGAGCUAAUGGAGUCAGAUCUCCAUCAGGUAAUAAAAGCAAAUGAUGAUCUCACACCAGAGCAUCACCAGUUUUUCUUGUAUCAGCUGCUCCGUGGAAUGAAGUACAUUCAUGCAGCAAAUGUUUUCCAUCGGGAUCUUAAGCCCAAGAAUAUUCUAGCGAAUGCUGAUUGCAAGCUGAAGAUUUGUGAUUUUGGCCUUGCCCGAGUGUCAUUUAAUGAUACCCCGUCAGCCAUAUUCUGGACGGAUUAUGUGGCAACUAGAUGGUAUCGUGCCCCAGAGUUGUGUGGCUCCUUUUUUUCAAAGUACACUCCUGCAAUUGAUAUUUGGAGCGUAGGAUGUAUAUUUGCAGAACUGCUUACAGGAAAGCCACUCUUUCCAGGGAAAAAUGUUGUUCAUCAAUUGGAUCUCAUGACUGAUCUACUUGGCACUCCUUCAGCCGAAUCUCUAGCUAAGAUAAGGAACGAGAAAGCUCGACGAUACCUGAGCAACAUGAGGAAAAAGCCGGCAAUUCCUUUUACUAAAAAAUUUCCUAGUGUGGAUCCUAUGGCUCUCCAUUUGCUUGAACGUCUUCUUGCAUUUGAUCCCAAAGAUCGUCCAAGUGCUGAUGAGGCCUUGACAGACCCUUACUUCAAUGGGCUAGCAAAUUCUGAGCGUGAACCAAUAACGCAGCCUAUCUCAAAACUUGAGUUUGAGUUUGAGAAGAGGAAAUUGGCCAAAGAUGAUGUCCGGGAAUUAAUUUACCGAGAGAUUUUAGAGUAUCAUCCUCAAAUGUUGCAAGAAUAUUUACGUGGAGGAGAUCAAAUGAGCUUUAUGUAUCCUAGUGGAGUAGACCGCUUCAAGCGUCAAUUUGCUCAUUUGGAAGAAGGCGUUUCGAAGGGUGAAAAAUCCAGUCCACAACUUAGGCAGAAUGCUUCCUUACCAAGGGAAAGAGCAAUUGGCAAUAAGCAUGGGGAUGAUGAGUACCAUGCAAAGCUGAAUGUUGGUGAGAAGACAAAUCAUGCAUCAGUGACAGAUGGCAUUAGCAAACCGCUCUCAAGUGCUCGGAGUUUGUUGAAGAGCGAAAGCAUAAGCGCUUCCAAGUGUAUUGGUGAAAAACCAAGGCAAGACAAAGAUCUGGAGGAGUCCCUUACGGAGACCCUGGAUGAAACAGUUGAUGAGGUCUCAGGAAAGAUUGCUCAACUGAAAACCUAAUUCCCUUUAAAGUCACAUAAUCUAUUGGAGUUAGUACAACUACUGUGUAUACAUGUGCUUUCCCAAAAGACGAAAAUCCCAGAUCUGGAUGGUCUUAACCAAGCUAAAGAGUCUACAACUAAUAAUGCCAACCUCUGUUUGUGUUGUAAAUUUUUUUUCCCUUCAGUUUUGUGUUUUGGCAGCAAACAACUGUCUAACUAAUUGGUUAGUAGUUCCUUCUUCUUCUUCUUUUUUUUUUUUAAUUUGAGCACCGAGUCGCACACUGUUUCUAUGAUGAUGUAAAAUUUUGCCGCCAAGAGCUAAUCCAUCCCUAACGCUCCUAUUUACAUGAUAUCUGUCAUAUUUUUCAAGUCACACACUUUAGAUAAUUGGAGAUUUGGAGUUGAGACGUGUGUGAGAUGGAGACAUAGACCAAAAAUUGAGUGAGCCGACUUCGGUGCAUUCUAUAAUUUAAUCC